AUGUGGACUACUUACUUUGUGAAUACUUCGUGUAGUGCUACGGGUAAAACCUGUGAUCAGUUUGAUCCUUCUUUAGCAGCUGGAGGUCCACCUCCUGUUGGCUAUCAGGCCAUUGAGGAAUUCGGAUUAAUCAUGAUUGGCAACCUAAAAGCCACGGCAAAGGAGUUAAGGGGACGAGUUAUUCCAAGGCCAUUGUUGAAUAUAAGCAGAGAAGCAAUCGCAAGUUUUAUCAACGGCACCUUUCGCCGCCCACUCAUACCUCCCUACGACCCUUACGCCGCCCCCGACCAGCAUGCCAUCGUUGCUCAGUUCAUCACUUACACUGCUUCUCUCCUAAACGGACUGGCAGCAAAACUUCAAGGCAUAAGGGCUGGACAAAAUGCUGUUUUCCGAGGUCGUUUAUACCGAAGGUCGAAUGCGCCGGUGGUUUCCUAUGCAAUAACCUUGGCAGAGUUCGCAAACAAAACGUCCGAGUUGGCAAACAGGCUAGCAAAUUGUGGCAUAAAAGACGAAGGAGUCAUUGUUCCUCGGUCGCUCGGGGCAGAGAAUCGGACAGAGACCAACUUUCUAGCUGCCGAUGUUAAUUCUCUUAUGUAUGAACGAACACCACAGGAGGCGUUGAGCAUACUGUAUAGAUCAGGCAACGAACGUGUUCCUGGUGGAUUUUUUCCCGAAGGUGCUAAUGGAAGGAUUGCUGAACGCUUCCUGAGAUCAUGA